CUGGAACACUCCGUCGCUGCUGCACCCCCAAAUUUAAACGAGAAGCGCUCCGUCGCUGCAGGUCACUGCCCUCUCCGUCUUUUUGCAUUCAGUUCGUUCGGUGACUGGUCAGAGCAGAAGGAAGCAGCCUGUUCAAACGUCCGACGGUCUUUUUCGCUCGAGUUAGGUCAGCGGGCGGCAUCAUCCAUCCAUCAGUUCAUGUGAGGCUGGCUGGGCUCUUGUUCUUACCUUCACUUCAGUUCCUUACAACACUCCUUCCUUCCGAGGUUCCCUUGUUGUCGACCACUUUCAGUUGCGACAACAAAAACACUGCAGUCAAUCGAUACCACCCGGCGCCCCCGGUCUUCCAUCGAUCCGUACCUACCUACCUACCCAGGUUAUUCCUAUCUUAAUCCAUUAAUCUAUUGGCUUCUCCCCUCUUAACCUAAGUAUUGUCACCAUUGGAAAAACGACAACCACCGCCAACCACUCCACCGGCACAUCCACGUCCGUGCAAUUGAAUCGAGCACAAGCGGCUUCAUCUCAGAAAUUAUCCAAACAGUAGCAACCAUGUCUUAUAAUCAAAAUCCCUACGGUCAGCCUAGCCCUUACAACGACGGUCCUUCGGCCGAGGGCGGUUAUGGCGGCAGCUAUGGCGGCAACUAUGGUGGAGGUUACGACAACAACGGCUACGGUCAACAGCCCGAAUCACACGAGAUGCAGACAUAUGGCCAGCAACAACGUCAACCCCACGGCCCUGAUACCACGGCCACCGGCGCUCCUCUAUCCCAGCAAGAAUUCUUGAACAGUGUCCGCGAUGUCGAAGGCCACAUCCAACAGUUCCGCGCAAACCUCGACCAGAUUCGCACUCUUCACCAACAGUCCCUCUCCGACACCAGCGGCCGCCCGCCCCCCGGCCUCGAGCAGCUGCAGGCCGUGACCGAGCAGCUCAAGUCACAGAUCAAGACCGAAGUCGACAACCUUGUCUCUGAUGCCACCCGGACCGGCGACGGUACCUUCAACACCAAGAAGCGCCAGGCCGAGCGCCUCAGGGAUCUGUACAAGGAUGCUAUUCAGGCCUACCUUGUGGAGGAGCGCCGCCACAAGGGCCAGAUUGGCGAGCAGGCCGUUCGUCAGCUCUUGAUUGUCAACCCCGAUGCGACGCCCCAGGAACAGGAUGCUGUGCGCAACGGCGACAUGCAGCAGGAUCAGAUCUUCCAGAGUGCUCUUCUACAAUCUAACCGCGUCGGCGCCGCCAAGGCCGUCCUCGGCAACGUACAAGCCCGCCACCAGGAACUCCUCCGCGUCGAGCAAUCGAUGCAAGAGCUCGCCCAACUUUUCGAGUACCUUAACACGCUCAUCGUGCAGCAGGGCGAGGUCAUCGCCGACGUGGUCCAAAAGACGGAACAGGUCAACGACAACAUGGACAAGGGUAUCCAGGAGGUUGACAAGGGCGUCAAGCACGCCCGCAACCGCCGCAAGCUCAAAUGGUACUGCUUGCUGGUGUGCGUGCUCAUCAUUAUUGCCAUUGCGCUCGGUGUCGGCCUGGGCGUCUACUUCUCGAACAAGAAGAAUUAGAGAUUCGGUGGUGGUUCGGGAGGUUCAGACGCAGAUGAGGCUGGUGGCUUAAAAGGGGCCACGCCGCCGCCGUCGCAGCAGCAGCAGGAGGCGCAACAGCAGUCACAGUCGCAGGCGCAGGUGAUCCCUCCGGUGCCGGUUAUUCCUCCAUUGGUUCCGGUACCUGUGCCGCUCCCAACGGUUGUUCCAGCGCCAGUGCCUUCAGGCGGAGGUAAUCACGCUUAUGUUCCUCCGUCUCAAGGACUAAGUUGGAAUGCUACGGUGGCUGGAGAACAGAGAUCUUACAGUGCGGGCUGGUAAUGGCUCCUACCAAACUCGACACGUACACAACAAAUACCCAUGAGAGAAGAGAAAGGAGAAGGAAAGAGGGGAGUGGAAACGGAUAUAUAUGAUAUUCAUACGGGUUGAUAUGUCAGCAAAGCAUGUUUUACGCGAACGAACUGUUUCAGGACAACACACCCCGGGACGUAAUAAUCACGAACGACGCAUGGAUGGACGGAUGGGACGGUGGAUGACGGAUGGACGGAUCGAGGGUUUCUUUUUUUUCAUGUUUCUUCUUGAGGUGUGCUACGGCUCAGCUUCUUCAUGUUAUACUCCCCCCCGUUUGGUUUUGUGGUGCAAAACUUGUUUACAUUAGUAAUUACUCUUUUUUUAACUCCGGAUGGGUCGUUUUCAUUUCGGUUUGCAGUUUCGACGUUGUGUAUGACUGGAGCGAAAGAAAAACAAUAGAACCCGAUAUAAACGCAACGACCCACACUCGCUCCUGUU